AUGGUAUCUGAAAAGUUACUAUUUAAGGAUAAGGUUGUUAUUAUAACGGGCUCCGGUGGAGGUUUAGGGAAGGCGUAUGCUUUGGAAUAUGCUAAACGAGGUGCUAAAGUUAUUGUAAAUGAUUUAGGUGGUACCCUAGGAGGAGGAGGAUCCAGCAGUCGUGCGGCUGAUGUAGUUGUGGAGGAGAUUAAAAAAAAUGGGGGUAUUGCCGUGGCAAAUUACGACUCCGUGAAUGUCCAUGGUGAUAAGAUUGUACAGGCCGCUAUUGACAAUUUUGGUCGUGUCGAUAUUCUUGUAAACAAUGCUGGCAUUUUGAGAGAUGUUUCUUUCGCUAAGAUGACUGAAAAUGAAUUUAACGCGGUAGUUGACGUCCAUUUGAAUGGUGCUUAUAAGUUAUGUAAGGCCGCGUGGCCUUACAUGUUGGAUCAAAAAUUUGGUAAAAUUAUAAAUACAGCUUCACCAGCAGGUCUAUAUGGUAACUAUGGCCAAGCGAAUUAUUCUGCUGCCAAAUUAGGGUUGGUCGGAAUGGCAGAAACUUUGGCUAAAGAGGGGUUUAGGCAUAACAUUCAAGUUAAUGCAAUAGCACCUUUAGCAAGGUCGAGAAUGACAGAAAACGUAUUGCCCCCGCAUAUUUUAAAACAAUUAGGUCCAGAAAAGAUUGUGCCUUUAGUCUUAUACUUAACGCACGAAUCCACAAAUGUAACUAACUCGAUUUUUGAGCUUGCCGGGGGAUUUUAUGGACAGUUGAGAUGGGAGAGAUCGUCCGGUCAAAUUUUCAAUCCCAACCCAAAGUUCUUUACGCCAGAAGCUAUUUUAAAUAAAUGGAAAGCAGUUACAGACUUCAAAGACAAGUCAUUUAAUGAGGUUCAGCAUCCAAUUCAACUUUCAGAUUAUAAUGAUUUGAUCGUAAAAGCUAAAAAGUUGCCAGUUGAGAAUGAUCAAGGCAAAAAGAAGAUCCAAUCAUUGCGCAACAAGGUUGUUGUAAUCACGGGCGCUGGUGGGGGUUUAGGUAGAUCACAUGCUCAAUGGUUCGCAAGAUAUGGUGCUAAACUUGUCAUCAAUGAUAUUAGGAAUCCCACUGAUGUCGUUGCAGAGCUAAAUGAAAUGUUUGGCGCAGGCACUGCUGUUGCUGACACUCAUGAUAUAGUUUCGCAAGCUUUUCAAGUCAUUGAAACUGCUUUGAAGAGCUUUGGUCGUGUCGAUGUAUUAGUCAAUAAUGCUGGUAUCUUAAGAGACAGAUCUUUCAAGAAGAUGACUGAUCAAGAAUGGUUUGAUGUUUUGAAAGUCCACUUAACUGCUACCUUUGCAAUGUCAAAGGCAGCAUGGCCGGUAUUUGUCAAACAAAAGUCAGGGUAUAUAAUCAACACCACUUCAACCUCGGGUAUCUAUGGUAAUUUUGGUCAGGCUAAUUAUGCAGCGGCGAAAGCUGCGAUUCUAGGUUUUUCCAAAACCAUUGCUUUGGAAGGCUUUAAGAGGGGUAUCAGGGUAAAUGUGAUCGCUCCACAUGCUGAAACUGCCAUGACAAAGACUAUAUUCACUCAAAGGGAGUUGAUUAACCAUUUUGAUGCCUCACAAGUUUCACCAUUUGUGGUGCUUCUCGCAAGUGGGGAAUUGCAAACAUUAUGUGGUGCAAAAGGUGUGAAUGGACAGCUGUUCGAGGUGGGUGGUGGCUGGUGUGGACAAACGAGAUGGCAAAGGAGUAAAGGCUUUGUCGCAGUUGAUGAUCCUGUUGAGCCUGAGCUUUUACGUGCUAAUUGGAGUGAAGUUACAAAUUUCAAAGGAGACACUUUCAAUCCAAGCUCUACGGAGGACUCAUCUAUGGCAAUAUUGCAGUCUGUCCAAAAUGCGCAAAUGGGUACAAAGUCUAAAGAUAUCUUUAAAUAUACGUCUAAAGACUGUAUCCUUUAUAACCUGGGUUUGGGAGCUUCCAGUAAGGAGUUGAAAUAUGUUUAUGAAAAUGAUCCAAAUUUUCAGGUAUUGCCUUCGUUUGUGGUCAUUCCAUUUAUGUCGAAUAUUUCGCCUCUUAAAAUGGAUCGCUUAGUUGACAACUUCAAUUAUUCGAUGUUGUUGCAUGGUGAGCAAUAUUUCAAAUUGUAUGAAUGUCCUUUACCGACACAAGGGUCUUUGAAAACUAUCGCAGAGCCAUUGCAAGUUUCGGACAAAGGUGGUAAAGCUGCCGUAAUCAUUGGUGGUUUCAAAACGUAUGACUCAAAAACGAAUAAGUUGCUUGCUUAUAAUGAAGGUACUUUCUUCAUUAGAGGUGCGCGUGAGGCUAAGAACAGGAAACCAAUCAAAGGUGAAAGAGCUAAGUUUGCCACGAAGGUAUUCAAAGCACCUGCAAAUAGGCCACCGGAUUUUGAAACAGAAGUCAAAACGGAUGAGGAUCAAGCUGCUCUGUACAGGUUAUCGGGCGACUACAAUCCGUUGCAUAUUGACCCAAAAGUAGCCAAAUCUGUGAAGUUCCCCAGACCAAUUUUACAUGGGUUAUGUACGUUGGGCGUGAGUGCCAAGGCUCUGUUAGAACACUUUGGUGCAUAUGAUGAGUUAAAAGUUAGAUUCACAAACGUUGUUUUUCCUGGAGAUAAACUGAAAAUUAGGGCGUGGAAAGAAGAUAAUGGGACGGUAAUUUUCCAAACUGUGGAUGUCAACAGAAAUGUUACCGUUUUGGACUUUGCCGCUGUCAAAUUGGUCGGGUCGGGUGCCAGGUUAUGA